AUGUCCGCAAGAAUAAAAGUUGCAAUCGUCGGUGCCACGGGCGAAACCGGGCGAUCCGUUGUAGAUGGGUUGCUUGCUGUAGAUGGGUUGCUUGCUGCAGAUGCCAGCUUCGAAAUCAUGGCUUUGGUACGUCCCUCGUCACUGGAGAAACCCGCCACUGCAAGCCUCAAGGCUCGCGGUGUCAAGGUCGUCCCGGCGGAACUCCAGGGAUCACACGACCAGCUGGUACACAUCCUGAAGGGAAUCGAAGUGGUGAUCUCGACCAUUCACUACCAGGCCCUAUCGGACGAAAUUUUCCUGGCAAACGCCGCCAAAGCCGCUGGAAUACAACGCUACGUUCCAUGCUUCUGGGCCACCGUCGCACCUCGGGGAAUCAUGCAGCUGCGUGACGAUAAAGAGGCAAUACUGGAUCACGUCCAGCGGCUUCGACUUCCUUACACUGUGAUCGAUGUGGGCUGGUGGUUCCAGCUCGCUGUUCCCAGGAUUCCAUCCGGCUGCUUUGACUACGGCCUGGUGGCUCCGGCGAACAGCGUUUUUGGCGACGGGAAUGUCCCUUCGGCUCUGACCGACGUCAGAGAUAUUGGAUUGUAUGCCGCGAAGAUCAUCAGUGACCCGCGCACGCUCAAUAAAAAAGUAUUUGCCUUCACUGAGACCUGGACCCAGAACCAGAUCUUUGAAGCGGUCGAGCGGGUCAGCGGCGAGAGGCCGGAAUCCACCAAGGCUUCCGCGGAAGAAAUGGAGGCCAAUGUCGCCCGGUGUAGACAGGCUGGAAGCGGCCUUAACCAGGAACGGGCUCAAUUCGAGUACUAUCACUCCUGGGGUGUCCGUGGUGACAACAGCCCGGAGUGUGCUAAGUACCUGGGGUACGUGGCGUUUGAGGAACUCUACCCUGGAUUCAAGGGGCGUAGGCUCACCGAUUACUUGGAGGACCUGGCGAACAACAAGGCAGCCAAACCUUACAGUCAGUAA